CGUCAUCCGUCAUCGUUCUUCUCUUGUUAUUGAACAAUUUCGAGUGCUCCUAACUCUUUAACAUUACCUGAAACCAUUUGCCGCAAAUGAUGAUGAUUUAUAUCAUGACUUUGACCAAAUGACAUUUGAGGACAAUUGACAUUGACAACUUUAGGAGCGACUGCGAUGCGAGUUUUUUGUUGUGAACCGCCAGAAACGCGCGUGGAAAUUCCAAUAAAAGAAGAAAAAGAAACAUAAAUAUUGCACAAAAAUAUUUUAUCAGCCCAGUCCACUCAUAUACUUAGGUGUAUAAGUGAUAAAAACACAAUGGAAUUUCUAGAAUACAAUGAUGUAUCAGCUGAAAUAAAGGGAGCUAUGGUUCCCGGUCGUCUAAAAAUGACUGACCAAAACAUAAUAUUCAAAAACAGCAAAACCGGGAAGGUGGAGCAGAUAUCAGCAAAUGAUAUAGAUUUAGUGAACUUUCAAAAGUUUAUUGGAUCAUGGGGCCUGAGAGUGUUUCUGAAGAAUGGUACCUUGCACAGAUAUGGUGGAUUUAAGGAUGGGGAACAAGAGAAGGUUGCAAAAUUCUUUAAAUCUAACUAUAACAAAGAUAUGUUGGAGAAAGAGCUAUCACUGAAAGGUUGGAACUGGGGUACAGCAAAGUUCAAUGGUGCAGUUCUAAGUUUCAAUGUUGGUUCCAACACUGCUUUUGAGAUACCACUGCACUAUGUGUCACAGUGUAAUACUGGUAAAAAUGAAGUCACACUAGAAUUCCAUCAGAAUGAUGAUACUCCUGUAUCACUUAUGGAGAUGCGCUUCCACAUACCAACCAAUGAGCUGUCAGGUGAUAUGGAUGCCGUGGAGGCCUUCCACCAGCAAGUCAUGAACAAGGCCAGUGUCAUAUCAGUCUCAGGAGAUGCUAUUGCCAUCUUCAGGGAACUACAAUGUCUUACUCCUCGUGGUCGCUACGACAUUAAAGUGUUCCAGACAUUCUUCCAACUUCAUGGUAAAACAUUUGACUACAAGAUACCAAUGUCUACAGUACUAAGGUUGUUUCUACUACCACAUAAAGAUACAAGACAAAUGUUCUUUGUUGUGUCAUUAGACCCACCAAUCAAACAAGGUCAGACUAGAUAUCAUUAUCUAGUACUUUUGUUUGGUAUUGAAGAGGAGACCAGUUUGGAAUUACCAUUUACAGAGGAAGAAUUAACAGAAAAAUAUGAAGGUAAAAUAAGCAAAGAGCUGUCCGGUCCUACUUAUGAAGUGCUCGCUAAAAUUAUGAAAGUCAUUAUAAACAGAAGAGUCACUGGACCUGGUGACUUCUUGGGCCACCACAAGACACCUGCUAUCGCCUGUUCAUACAAAGCAGCAGCGGGAUAUUUGUACCCAUUAGAGAAAGGUUUUAUCUACGUACAUAAACCGCCUGUACACAUCCGCUUUGAAGAAAUCGCCUCAGUUAAUUUCGCUAGAGGUGGCGCUUCAUCUACCAAAUCUUUCGACUUUGAAAUAGAAUUGAAGUCUGGCAGCAUCCAUACAUUCAGCAGCAUAGAGAAAGGAGAGUAUGACAAGCUCUUUGACUACAUCACAUCAAAGAAACUGCACGUCAAGAAUACUGGCAAGAAUGACAAGGCGCUGUACGACGAUGACUUUGGCGACUCUGACACGGAGAAGGAACCGGACGCGUACCUGGAGCGCGUGAAGGCCGAGGCCAAGGAGCGCGACUCCGGAGACUCCGACAGCGAGAGCACCGACGAGGACUUCAACCCUGACAAGGCUAAUCAGAGCGACGUCGCUGAAGAGUAUGAUACGAAUCCGUCGUCGUCCGAAGAGUCUGACGCUUCAGGGGCAUCUAACGAAAGUAAGAAAGAAAAGAAAAAAGAGAAGAAACCUAAGAAAACAAUCACAAUCUCAGAGGCUCCUCGCAAAAGAAAGGAGAAAUCAAAGAAGAGGGAGAAGGACGCGAACGCCCCCAAGCGGCCGGUCACCGCGUUCAUGCUGUGGCUGAACGAGAACAGGAAGAAGAUUAUAGAAGAUAACCCCGGCCUCAAGGUCACAGAGAUCGCCAAGAAGGGCGGCGAGCUGUGGCGCGACCUUAAAGAUAAAUCUGAAUGGGAGGAGAAAGCAAGUAAGGCGAAAGAAGAAUACAACACAGCAAUGAAGAAGUACAAAGACAGUGGAGCGGCAGACGAAUUCAAGCAGAAGAAGAAGGCUGCGGAGAAGGAGCGCAAGGCUGCCGACAAGAAGAGUAAAGCACCGCCGCCUACCAAGAAGUCCAAGCCCGCUGCAGCAGCGCCCCCCAGUGGCAAGUUCACCAGCAAAGAGUACAUUGAAGAUGACGACAGCUCCUCUGACUCCGAUAAGGAGAAGAAAAAGGAUAACAAAGAUUCCAAGGAUUCUAAGAAGGAGAAGAAAGACAAGAGCUCAUCUUCAGAAGCGGAAGCCUCUUCGGGCUCCGGAAAUGAAAGCGGAAGCGGGAGCGGGAGCGAUUAGUCAUAACUGUAGCUAUUAAUUACUAAUAAAUAUUUGAAAUUAAGUUUAUUUGUAUUAAAAAAAAAACUACUAAACAAAUGUAAAUUGGAUCAGAUUUCGAUGUGUUGGAACUGUGCUGGCAGAGUCGAGUCCAAUGUUUUUUUUUAAUAGUGUUUUGUAUUUCCUUUUAGGUUGUUUCGCACCAUUUCUUAUUAUCCAGAUCUGUGUCUAUAGAAUGUAAGCAGUCACAUUUCAGUAUGCCAUAGAUAAAAUUUUAACAUUUUUUUUUUUAAAUUACUAGUUGAUUUUUCAUUUGAAAAAAAAUUAUUCUAUCGUAAAAUAUCUACAGAACCCUACAUUCCUCUUAAAAAUUUCAUAAUUGUAUAUAUAAAUGUGGUAAGAUAUUUCUAAGAAUAUGAAUGUUGUAAAACAAGAGUUUGCAAUGUAUUGCCUUUUCAAAAAAAAUAUUGAUUUGCAUUGUUUAUCAUACCAGUGGUGUCUUGUGCCAAUAAAUUGUGAGAGCUUGAAAAUAUGCUUUGUCUUUAUAAGUUCUCAAUUAUUGUAGGUACUCAAUAAAUUUUUAAAUGUUUAA